AUGGAUGGCAGGCGUUCAGGUGGUAGAGGGAGAGGGAACCAGAGGCGAGGGGGUGGAGGACGCAAAAAUAAUAAGGAAAUUAUAUAUGAAAGACAGAGAGACACAAGGAAUCCGCCUUCUCAGAGAGUGUCAAGGGACACACCACCACCACCACCACCAUCAAACCAUGUCAAGAGCAAGGAGCAGCCAUCGGAAAUGCUGCACAAGAAAAGUGAAAGAUUACUUACUGAACCAGGCCCCACAUACAAUCUCAUUGUUUAUCACCCAUUCAAAGAAGAAAAUACUUUCUUGGAACAUUUAAAAAUGAAAGAGUUGCCAUCACACAUCGAAUUUAACAUUGAAUCUUUCACAACAAAUCCUAAUGGAUUAUCAGCUUCAGUUUGGGUUCAUUUCCCAAGCAACAAUGCCUACAGACAGUUUCAGUUGUGGAUGCGGCAAACCAAAAAUCUAGGUUUUCUCUACCGUUUCCAAAGAGAAGAAGUUGCAAAAGUAAGUAAAGAAUUUAUUGAUAAAAAUCUACAGAAUGUACAGGAACGAAGUGACCAUAUUAUUGGAAUGCAUCAUGAUAAAAUUAGGGAAACGAAGCAAGAAUUAUCAGAUUUCCUUGCAACAAAGAAAACUAAGAAAAAGACAAAGUAUGUUUCCCUACCUGAAUUUGAGCGGAGAGAAAUGCAGACAAAAACACUUGAAAACAAAGUUGCUGAACUUGAAAAACAACUCGUCGAGUUUGAAAGGUCUGUAGAAGAUAUCAAAAGACAUUUAAUAGAGUUUGAAGGAAGCACUGUAAAACAAGACUAUAUCGAUCAAUUGCUCAGAGAAUUUGAAAUAGAGUAUUCCAGGCUAGAGCAAGCACUACCCAUUUAUGCUAAGCGCUCAGAGAUAGUAAAUUCUGUUUUAAAGAAUCAAGUAUGCAUCCUUCUUGGCGAAACAGGAUCUGGGAAAAGCACACAAUUAACACAGUAUCUUUUGCAGUCUAAAUUGCCUUCCAAUGGCCAUAUUGUUUGCACACAACCUAGAAAAGUCGCAGCUGCAAGUCUUGCUCAACGGGUCGCAAGUGAAAUGAAGUCUACAGUGGCGGAUAUAGUGGGCUAUCAGUGUGGAAUUCAGAAGAAAGUUUCAGACCAGACAAAAGUUGUGUACAUGACUGACCAUACACUGCUAAAUGAAUGCAUCAAAGAUCCGUUGUUAAAUGAUUACUCUUGCAUUAUCAUCGAUGAGGCACACGAGCGAAGCAUUUACACAGACCUUUUGCUUGGUAUGAUAAAGAAGUGUUUGCCUAGGAGACAAGAUAUACGCAUUAUCGUAACGUCUGCAACUAUUGAUCCGGAACUGUUUGUCCGAUAUUUUGAAGGCUGUCCUGUGAUUGAAGUACCUGGCAGAAUGUAUCCUGUCGAUGUGGAAUGGGAGACGAACUCUGGAGAUGAUGACUUGGAAGAAUAUGAAAGGAAAGCUGUUGAAAAGACGUUAGAAAUCCAUGAUAAGGAACCCCCUGGUGACAUUCUACUUUUUCUCACAGGACAGCUGGAAAUCGAAAAGUGCAUAGAAAGACUGCAAUGGGAACUUGAAGGUAGAACUGAUCAUUGGAUAUUGCCACUUCAUGGCAAGCUUCAAACAGAAGAACAAAACAAAAUUUUCAAAGAAACACCACAUGGUAAAAGAAAGAUCGUUAUUUCCACUAAUGUGGCAGAAACUUCUGUAACAAUUCCUGGAGUGAAGUAUGUGAUUGAUACUGGGCUUGCAAAAGAAAUGAAAUAUGAUCCAGACAAAAAAGUAAACUCUUUAAGAGUUGUUAAAAUAACAAAAAGUUCUGCAGAUCAAAGAAAAGGAAGAGCAGGAAGAACAGCUCCAGGGAAAUGCUAUCGAUUUUAUUCCAAAGAAGUUUAUGACAACAUGACAGCCUCUUCUAUUCCAGAAAUUUUGAGAAUUCACAUCGGUCAUGCCAUUCUGAAAUUAUUGCAACUGAAUGUCAACCCCCUUGCUUUUGAGUUUGUUGAGGCACCUCCAGAUAACUCAAUGGAAACAGCUUUUCAGCAAUUGGUCAAUAUUGCAGCAGUUGAAAAUGGAAAAAUCCCCAAAAUCACAGAAUUAGGGCUCUGGAUAGCACAACUUCCAUUAGAGCCAAAUUUGGGAGUUUUUGUUCACAAUGCAAUUAAGAUGAAAGUAGGCUUAGAUGCUAUCAUUAUUGCCGCAUCAUGCACAGUUAGUGGGAACUUGUUUUACAGAGCUGGAACAAAAGAACAAAAAAACAAAUGUGACAAGCUCAAAAUUCCUUUCUGUCAUAGCAAAGGAGACCACUUCACAUUUUUGAGUGUCUUUAAAAAGUGGCAUUAUGUUCCUGAGAAGGAGAAAAGUCAGUGGUGUUUGGAUAACUCCAUCAAUGGAAGGGCCAUGAGGAACAUUCGAGACACUGUAAACGAGAUCAGAUUCCUCUUGAAAAAUCAGAUGAAUAUGCCUUUAAAGUUUGAAUUGAAAGAUGUAGGUAGAAAUGAGAGAACAUUACAAAAGCUUAUGUUUAAAGCUUUUCGUAGCAACCUUUGUUACUUCCUUGGACAUGAAAAGGCUGGAUAUUAUUUCAUUGAUAAAGACCAACAAAUGACUGUUCAUCCGUCUGCAUCCUUCCAGUCUCUUGCAUCAUAUCCAAAAUGGGUUAUAAUCGAGAAAGUUUUGAACACUUCUCGUGAAUUUGCUGUUAAUAUAACAGAAGUAAACGAAGACGACGUACAGGAAGCCUUAAAGAGAAAUGAAAUAAAUUUUGAUUUGACAGGAAUAGAAAGGAAAAGAAUUGAGCCAAUUUAUACGGAGUACAUUGGUUCUCAAGUUCACUACAAGUUUGUUGGUCCAAAAUGGAAGCAUGCAAAAGAUCUAGAAACUAAACUAAAGAAAGAAAAUACAGAUUCUAUAUUUGUAAUUGAUGCAGACCGAGACAAGGGCGAAGUUUCAAUUUAUGCACCUGGAGACAAGGAUGAAGAGUCGAUAGAAGCCUUGAAAAAUGCACUUGAUCCAAUCAGGGAGAAUAUCAGAAAAGAAAGAAUCAUUUUCCCUAUCUUUCCAAGAUGUUAUAAUGUCAAAGUGUCCAUUGGUCCCGGUGGAAUGAUAAAAGACGUGUUGUGUGAAGAUGAUUAUAACAAUGUUUAUGUAUACUGCUCUGAAGAGGAAUUUGAUUCUGAUGAAGAACUGGUGGAAUGGAUGAGACAGUUUGGUGAAAUUCAAAAAUUCCAAACGAAAUCUCCAGCAAAUACGAAUCCAAGGUAUCGUGGUGAAGUAGUGUUUAAUAAUAGCGAAUCUGCAAAACAGGCUGUUGCAGCAGCGCGCGAUAAAACAUUGAAAAUUCAAAUAAAACCCCCAGUUUGGAAAACCGACGACUCUAAUGGAUUCAAGGCAAAAAUAACUUGGUGUCGCAGGAAACCCAAAGGAUUUGGGUUUGUGCAAAUCAAGAAUUCAGAAACAUUGGAAACGGUAUUAACUUUAAGCUCCAUGACACAAGUGUCUGUUGGUGGGUCAAAUGUGAGGAUUAGCCGAAGUAGAGGAAAUGUUGAUGAAUUACAUGUUCAAGGAAUCAAUCCUCUUGUCAAUGAAGAUAUUCUAAGAGAAGGAAUUUCAGAGGGAUUCAAUGUACCCGAAAAUGAGAUCGGAAAAACGUUUGUACCACGCCAGGAAGUAAAAACAACAAGGGAAAUUCUGGACACGCAUAGGCGAAGGAUAGAAAGGCAUAUUGCACAGUUCGUGAAUUCAGAUAAGUUCAAAGUUCAUAUAAGAGAACCAUAUCAGAAAGACUAUGACUUUAAUGGUGUUGUCACCUUCACUGACCCCGAACAAGGAAAUGAGGUCUGUGCUAAUCUGCAGAGCAGAAACACACUGAAUAUCAAUGACAGUGUAGUUAUUGUUAUUCCAGAAAUUCACACUCGUUUGUAUGUGCUGGAGCGGGUAUUUAAACGGGUAAAUAAAGAUAUCAAAGAUUUUUGUGCCAAAGCUAAGAAAGAUGGAGUAUUUAUAGAUAUAAAGCAGAACACAACGGGUAACUAUAUUCUCAAUAUAGAGGCCGAAAGUGUAGAUAAUAUGAUAAAGACGAGAGACACAAUACAAAAUCUCCUUCAAGGUCAAAUACUGUCAAUGGAAGGUAAUCCUUCUUUAAGAUCUAUGUUCACACGUGAUGGAAGGAGCAAAGUUGACAAAAUCAUGGCGAAAACUCACACUUUGGUAAUGUUGAACGACAGAAAUACGACUAUUUCUGUUCAUGGCAAAGAGGCUGAUCGGGCUUUGGCAAUUAGGAAAAUUCAAAAAUACCUAGAAAAACUCUCUUCCUUUAAGUUGAGGCGGGUCGAUUUGAAGGGAGAAACCAAGCCGCCUGGAUUGAUGAAAAGAAUUAUACAGAUGCAUGGUAUAGAUUUACAAGGAUUGAAAGAUGUAUCGGAUCUAUCCAGCGUAGAACUUGACCACAGAAGACACAGGAUUGAAAUGUUAGGCUCUGUUGAAGCAAUACAGUCGGCAGUAAAUGACAUUGAGGAGCUUACGAAAAUGUUGCUUAAAGACAAUCAACACCAAAUACCAUCAACUGAUCCAGAGUGUGGAAUUUGUCUCUGCUCAAUAUCCGAUUGUGAUCUAUACCGACUAGAAUCUUGUGGUCACGCAUACUGUAGGGAUUGUGUGAGGCUGCAUUUGAAUUCAGCUCUUAGCACAAAAGAGUUUCCUCUGCGUUGCUGUUAUGAAGGUUGUGAUAUGCUCUGGGCUUGGAGUGAUAUAAAUAACAUGAAGAAAUUCGGAUUUUGUACCAUUCAAACUUUGAUAGAUGCCUCAGUUUCCUGUUACGUCGCCCAAAAUAAAGACAAAGCAAGAUAUUGCAUUACACCUGAUUGUCAAAUGGUGUACAAGGUCAGCCAGGGAGGAGGUAGAUUUGUCUGCUCGCUCUGCCACACAGCAUUAUGUAGCAAGUGCCACAUCGAAUACCACACGGGUAAAUCCUGCGCUGUGUUUGAAAGAGAAAAGCAAUUGAAGGAAAACGGACUUGCAGAAUGGAUGAGUGGUGAUACCUUAAAUAGAGAUCUUUGUCCAAAAUGCUAUAUAGGUAUAGAGAGAUAUGGUGGAUGUCAGCAUAUGAUUUGUUCACAAUGUAAAUGCCACAUUUGUUGGCUAUGCAAAGCUUAUUUCGAUUCAAGUGCUGAUUGUUAUCGUCAUAUGUUCCAAAGUCAUAACACAUUUGUAUAGAAGAAAAUCGUUUUUGUUUAUGAUCUAGGAAAAAAAAAAUCAGUGUUACCGACUGCUCUGUAGAAAAUGUGUCAAACACUUAGUUAGUUGGCGUGUAUUUAAAAUUUGUAAACAUUAACAUUGUUAACAUUUGUAAUGGAAAGCUUCCUGAGUUAAAUUAUGUUUAUGUUUAUGCAAAUGUUUAAGUAGUGUUCUUUUUUCUGAUAAUUGCAAAAUAUCAAGUUUAUGAUUUUAUUAGAUUUUUAUACUAGUGUAUAUCAUGAUCACCAUUGUAAGAGCACUCAGUACCCGAAUGGUAAUGAUUAAAAUCACAACACACAUCACUCAUUUUCCCCAGCUAGAGUUCUCGAAUAAAUUGAUCUUUACGACUAUAAAUUUUCUGCAUUCAUUUUUCACCUGUCAAUAAUGAAUUGCUUGAUGCAUUCUUAAUUAGCCUACUAGAUGGUACCUGAACUUCAUUCAUAAAUAUUCUGACACUGAGUCUUCUCAAGGCAAUAAGUACUCACUGAUUGGUAUGGGCACUGAGUUCGUGUUUUUGUUCCCUUCACAAAUUCACUCGACACUUAUUUCUUUACUUUGUUCACGUACGAUGAAUAGGCUUUUGAAUGUUUUUUUUCUAGCAGCACGAUCUUGUUUCAAGUGAUGUAAAUUUACGAUCAGCUGAUAGGUAAUUAUGAGAACAAGAAUCUUAGGUUGAAAGAGAAUAUUUUUCAAAUAUUUACUUAAAUAUAGGGCUUUCUUUAUUUAUUGCUGAUGUAAUGAGUAGUAGUUGUAAUA